GCGGAGAGCACUCUCAAAAAAAGCUGGGCUGCCUCGCCGUACGCAACGCCGAUGGGCAGCCAGCGAACGGCGUGAGUACCACGACGGGGCUGUUGCGCGCGGCGCAACCCCCUUGCGAUGGCACCCGGGUACUACUUCUACUGCUGCUGCUUUGUGGCAAUAGCUGCGGCCGACCCUCGCGUAGGCGCGGAAGAGCGCGGCCUCGUGACGCGGCUCAACCGCCGGUAUCGCGGAGGUCUCUGCUUCAAGGCUUUUAUACGAUGGCCUAAGCUAGGCCGCGAACGGGCCCGCGGCCGCGCGGAAAUCGACUUUCACGCCAUCGACGCGGCGUCUGCUCACUGGUUAAUGUCACACAGGUCCGCGAGUGCGCGUUCGAAGAGCGGCUGACGCCGGCGUGCGCGGGCCGACUCUCCUGCUCGCUCGCGAGCCUGAAUGUGCCGGCCACGUUCGACCUCGAGGGGUGGGGCGGGACGGUCGGCGUGGUCGUGCGCCCCGAUGUCACGCGGAAAUGCGUCCUCUGCUCCUGGGCCUGGGACGGCUGGACGGAUUUAAGGGGAUGCAACCGGUCGAGCGGCUGCGUACCUGGUUGUGUCGGCACGGUGCAUCCGUCCCACGACGUCUACGCGGCGACGGAGUACGUCUGGGCGGGCUGGGGGCCCUACAAGCCGCGCGAGGGUCUACGGUUCAUGAUCGAGGAACAGCAACGGCAACGGUGGGCCUGGCCGUGGAAUCAACAUACGGGUCGCACGAAGUACAACGAGCUCGUCCUUUCGUCGGCGUGCUGGCUCCGCCACCUUCCUUCCCUAGUCCUGGCCUUCUACGUCACGCACCGGGCCACACAAUUUGAUAUAGAUUUGGUCGUAGCGACGCGCGACGAGUUCCUCCGCAACUACAGCCUCCCGGCGGCGACCGCGCCCCUCGUGGCCUACGAUGAGCGAGCACCAGCGGCGCCGUUUUCGCCAUUUCGACGCCAGAACGCUUCCGUCGUGUCGCCGACCGCGUCGCGUGGUCCGAGUUCUCGCCCGUCGCCGCCCACUCAGCACGAGUUGGACUGGCUGGAGGCCAUCACGGAGGCCAGGGCGCAGAAUAAUGACGAUGCGUGGUGGUGGGCGGACGAGGAGGCCGCGCGCCACGGCAGCGACGACUACUUCGACGACGAAGACGACGACUACUACGUAGAUGACCAGGCCGACGAAGCGGCGUGGAUGAAGCGGGUGGAGGAGGAGCGGAUCGUGAAGGAGCUUCGCGCCUUCGAGGUGGAGGAAGGCGACGACGACGGGGACAUCGCUCGCCUCGAGGCGGAAUUGCGGAUGCGCCGCGACGAGAUCGCGCGCGACCCCCAACUCGCGGCGAUGUAUCUAGACUAAGAGU